AUGAAACAGGACGAUCUGCAGCAAACCAAGAGGCCCGAGGGCGACGAGCAACAACAAACAUCCCAGGGAGAAGCUGAGAUGCACUCGAGAAAUGAGGUGUCCCUGGGGGCAGCAGAGCCGGGCUGGGGGGCCCCCACCUCCCCAAAUCUCUGCCUCCCCAAACCUGCGGGAUGCGCACGGUGCCGAUGGGAGGGGAGGAGGGAGGGUGGGGGGGGACGGGACCGCGGCGGCGCGCACGCUGCCUUCAUCCCCCCCCUUCCUCCUCCUCCUCCUCUUCCUCCUCCUCCUCCUCCUCCUCCUCCUCCUCCGGGAGCGCGCUCGCCCAGCCGGGAGCGAGCAGCCGGCGGGAGGAUGCUGCAAACGGCGGCGGAGCCGGGCGGCUGGGCAGGCAUGAAGCGACCCCUGAGCCCGUCCCACAGCCCUGAGAACGGUGUGCGGCUGGUGGAGCCGGCCAGCGGCCAGCCCGAGCAGCGCCUGAAGCGGGAGAAGAAGCAGCAGUCGUUCACGCUCUGCGAGGUCUGCAACAUCCAGCUCAACUCGGCCGCGCAGGCGCAGAUCCACUACAACGGCAAGUCCCACCAGAAGCGCCUCAAGCAGCUCAACAAGGGGAAGAUGCCAGCGGCCCAAGGUCCCUCUGGACACAGCAGUCCCCUCCUAGCUUCGCUGCCUAUUCCCGGCCGUCCCCUUCACCCCUCCUUGGACAUCAAGCACUUCCUGACCUUCAGGCUCAACGGGACAUCCCCACUCAACCUCUUCCCCAACUUCAACACGAUGGACCCCGUGCAGAAGGCGGUGAUCAGCCACACCUUCGGCGUGCCCACCCCGCUCAAGAAGAAGCAGUUCAUCUCCUGCAACAUCUGCCACCUGCGGUUCAACUCAGCGAACCAGGCAGAAGCCCACUACAAAGGCCACAAACACGCCCGGAGGCUGAAAGCCAUCGAGGCCAUGAAGAGCAAGCAGAAGGCAGCGGGGGCCAGCAGCCGGGACAGCGCGGCUGACUUUGCCCCCAGCCUGGAGGGCUCUGGGGACCCCGGCGGUGCAGCUCAAAGCAAUGGCCUGAAGGAGCCGGACGGCGAGUGCAGCAGCCUGGUGCUGCCGCCCAGCUCAGAGGAGGCUCCGGCGGAGCUGUCGGGCAGCGCCGCGCCGCUGGGCUCCCCGCCGGCCUCCGAGCUGUCCGAGGGCACCUCGGAUGCCACCAGCGUCACCUCCCCGGCCACGCAGGCAGCCGAGGCGCAGGCGGCCGAGUCGGGUGGCAGCGUCGGCUCGGCCCCUGAGAGCGAGAAGGAGGGGAAGAAGAGCAAGCAGCACCUGUACUGCCCCACCUGCAAGGUGACCGUCAACUCCCUGUCCCAGCUGGAGGCUCACAACACGGGUGCCAAGCACAAGUCGAUGCUGGAAGGUCACAGCACGCAGAUGCGGCGAGGCCGAGGCAAGCUCCUGUCCCGGGCAGGGCACAAAUCCAAGAGGAUCGGCAACAAGGGCAGCAUCAACAUCCAGAACAAGGCGUUUCACUGCCAAGUGUGUGAGAUCUACGUGAACUCAGAGACCCAGCUCAAACAGCACAUGAGCAGCCGGAGGCACAAAGACAGGCUGGCUGGGAAGCCGCCCAAGCCCAAGUACAGCCCCUAUAACAAGCUGCAGAAGAACGCUGCCCUCGCAGUGAGUAUUCUCAAGUCCAAGCUGGCUUUGCAGAAGCAUCUCACCAAAACGCUGGCGACCCGCUUCCUCCCCAGCCCGCUCACCACGGCUGUGUGCGCCAUGCCUGGCCCCCUCGCCUUGAGACCAGCCGCUGCCACCACCCUCUUCCAAGCCCCACUCCUCGGACCAGCCCUUUUCCGAACGCCGCCGGCCCACGUCCGCACCACGCCGGGCCCCAUCGUCUUUGCGCCCUACUAG